UGGGAGCAGCCUGUUUUGGGACAGCUGCUCUGAGACAAUGCAGUAAGCAAGGCAGAAAUUCCUCGGAGCAGAGGGUGACUCGUGGGAGGAGUUCAGUUUGCUAAGUAUUGUCAUUUGCUGAGAGUAGGUGUGUGCUCAAGGAGUCUUAACCUGAAGGAUCAUUAACUCUUUCCGUCGGCUGGCGAGCUGCGGUGGCUUGGCAAGUUAGUCCCGGAGACUCCUGCUCAGGAAGGCCAGGGAGGAGGAGUGGAGUCACUUUUUCAUGGGGGACCACUUUGAGAAGGGCCAGCACGCUCUGCUCAAUGAAGGAGAAGAGAAUGAGAUGGAGAUAUUUGGCUACCGGACUCAAGGCUGCCGGAAAACCCUCUGUCUUGCUGGAUCCAUCUUCUCAUUUGGAAUUCUCCCUUUGGUGUUUUACUGGAGACCCGCUUGGCAUGUGUGGGCAAAUUGUGUCCCGUGUUCCUUGCAAGAGGCAGACGUCGUGUUGCUGAGGACAACAGAUGAAUUCCAAACUUACUCAUGGAAAAAGGUAAUGUGGAUCUACCUGUCAUCAUUAAACAGCGAGUUUGGUGUCACUCCUGACCACCCUCUCAUUACAGAUGAGGAGUUCAUCAUAAAUAGAGCCAUCAGAAAGCCAGACCUAAAGGUGAGAUGCAUGAAAGUGCAGAAAAUAAGAUAUGUUUGGAACAACUUAGAAGGACAGUUCCAGAAAAUUGGCUGUUUGGAAGACUGGCUCAGUUCUACCAAGAUACAUCUAAAAUUUGGAUCAGGUCUAACAAGAGAAGAACAAGCGAUUAGGAGGUUAAUAUGCGGGCCUAAUACUAUCGAUGUUAAAAUCACACCAAUUUGGAAACUACUCAUCAAGGAGGUUUUAAAUCCAUUUUACAUAUUUCAACUUUUCAGUGUCUGUUUGUGGUUUAGCGAAGACUAUAAGGAAUAUGCUUUUGCCAUCAUAAUCAUGUCCAUCAUGUCCAUAGCUUUGACGGUAUACGAUCUCAGAGAGCAAUCUGUAAAACUUCACCGUCUAGUUGAGUCACAUAAUAGCAUUACAGUCUCUGUAUGUGGGAGAAAAGCUGGAGUCCAAGAGCUGGAAUCACGCUUCCUGGUACCUGGAGAUCUAUUAGUUUUGACAGGGAACAAAGUGCAAAUGCCAUGUGAUGCCAUCCUGAUUGACGGCAGCUGUGUGGUAGAUGAAGGCAUGCUGACAGGAGAAAGUAUUCCAGUGACUAAAACUCCAUUACCCAAGACGGAGAGCUCUGAGCCCUGGAAAACACAGAGUGAAGCAGACUAUAAACGGCAUGUCCUCUUCUGUGGGACAGAGAUUAUCCAAGCCAGGGGAGCCUGUUCUGGGACCGUGAGAGCGGUGGUGCUGCAGACUGGAUUCAACACUGCAAAAGGGGACCUCGUGAGAUCCAUUCUUUACCCGAAGCCAAUGAAUUUUAAGCUCUACAGGGAUGCCAUCAGGUUCCUCCUGUGCCUUGUAGGAACAGCAACGAUCGGGAUGAUCUAUACUUUGUGCGUCUAUGUGCUCAGUGGGGAAUCUCCUGAGGAGGUGGUGAAGAAAGCCCUCGAUGUCAUCACAAUUGCGGUUCCUCCUGCUCUGCCCGCUGCUUUGACCACGGGCAUUAUCUAUGCCCAGAGGAGGCUGAAGAAGAGAGGCAUCUUUUGCAUCAGCCCCCAGAGGAUCAAUGUAUGUGGACAAUUAAACCUUGUCUGCUUUGACAAGACAGGCACCUUAACAAGGGAUGGUUUGGAUCUCUGGGGAGUCGUGCCCUGCGAUAGGAGUGGCUUCCAGGAGAUCCACAGCUUUGCCUCGGGCAGGUCUUUGCCAUGGGGCCCGCUGUGUGCAGCCAUGGCCACCUGCCACUCUCUGAUUCUUCUCGAUGGGACCAUCCAGGGAGAUCCUCUGGAUCUCAAGAUGUUUGAAGCUACCACCUGGGAGAUGGCUCUUUCUGGGGACGAUUUCCAUAUCAAGGGAGUGCCGGCACAUGCUGUGGUAGUUAAGCCCUGCAAAACAGCCAGCCAGGUCCCAGUGGAAGGAAUUGCUAUCCUGCAUCAGUUCCCAUUCUCAUCAGCAUUGCAGAGGAUGACAGUCAUUGCCCAAGAGAUGGGGGGUGACCGGCUGGCAUUCAUGAAAGGGGCACCAGAAAGGGUGGCCAGUUUUUGCCAACCUGAGACAGUACCAACUAGUUUUGUUAGCGAACUUCAGAGUUAUACAACACAGGGCUUCCGGGUCAUAGCACUGGCCUACAAGAAGCUGGAAAUGGAUCAUCACAGCACUGCCUUGACAAGGGACAAAGUAGAAUCAGACCUGAUAUUUCUGGGAUUGCUAAUCUUGGAGAAUCGGUUGAAGGACGAGACAAAACCUGUUCUGGAAGAGCUCAUCUCAGCCCGGAUAAGAACUGUAAUGGUCACAGGUGACAAUCUUCAGACUGCAAUAACAGUGGCCAGGAAGUCUGGAAUGGUUUCUGAAAGCCAAAAAGUCAUUCUCAUUGAAGCAAAUGAAACCACUGGGUCCCCAUCAGCAUCUAUGACUUGGAAAUUAGUAGAAGAAAAGAAACACAUUGCAUAUAGCAAUCAGAAUAAUUACAUUAAUAUCAGGGAAGAAGUCUCUGAUAAUGGCAGAGAAGGAAGUUACCAUUUUGCCUUAAGUGGAAAAUCUUUUCAAGUUAUAAGUCAACAUUUCAGCAGCCUACUGCCAAAGAUACUGAUCAAUGGGACCAUCUUUGCAAGAAUGUCUCCUGGGCAGAAAUCCAGUCUGGUGGAAGAAUUUCAGAAACUGGAUUACUUUGUAGGUAUGUGCGGUGAUGGGGCCAAUGAUUGUGGGGCUUUGAAAAUGGCUCACGUGGGCAUCUCUUUAUCAGAGCAGGAGGCAUCUGUGGCCUCACCUUUCACUUCGAAAACUCCAAACAUUGAGUGUGUACCUCACCUUAUCAAGGAAGGCCGUGCAGCUCUGGUUACCUCAUUUUGCAUGUUUAAGUACAUGGCUCUGUACAGCAUGAUUCAGUAUGUUGGUGUUCUGCUGCUCUACUGGGAGACAAACAGCCUUUCAAAUUACCAGUUUCUGUUCCAGGAUCUGGCCAUCACAACUCUUAUUGGCAUAACAAUGAACUUGAAUGGUGCCUACCCCAAGCUGGUGCCUUUCAGGCCUGCAGGACGGCUGAUCUCCCCACCUCUGCUGCUCUCUGUGAUUUUCAACAUUCUUCUCAGCCUGGCUAUGCACAUUGUGGGCUUCAUUCUGGUUCAGAGGCAGCCUUGGUAUUCCAUGGAGAUGCACAGUGUCUGCACACUGCAAAAUGAAAGCAUCUCAAAGUUAAUCAUUUCUCCAACUGCUCCAGAAAAAAUUGGAAGUAAUGGUGCCUUCACAAGCUUUGAGAACACUACCAUAUGGUUCUUGGGAACAAUCAACUGUAUCAUUGUGGCUCUUAUUUUCUCUAAAGGAAAACCAUUUAGGCAGCCCAUCUAUACAAACUAUAUAUUCGUCCUUGUGCUGGUCAUACAGCUGAGUGUGUGUCUCUUCAUCUUAUUUGCUGAUAUUCCAGAACUAUAUAGGCGUUUGGACCUGCUCUGCACUCCUAUUCUGUGGAGGGUCUACAUCAUCAUUAUGCUCAGUUCCAAUUUCAUUGUGUCCCUUGUUGUGGAGGAGGCCAUCAUUGAAAAUCGAGCCCUGUGGAUGACAUUCAAAAGGUGUUUUGGCUAUCAAUCAAAAAGUCAGUAUCGGAUAUGGCAGAGGGCCUUGGCAAAUGACCCUAGUUGGCCGCUGCUAAACCAAACAUCCUUCUCUGACAUGCCAGGGUGUGGAAGGGGAGUGUCUUACAGCAAUCCGGUGUUUGAGAGCAAUGAAGAACAACUCUGAAGCCAGUGUGAUAUUCAAGUUGACAAAACAUAGAAAUGAUGACAAAAGAGACCAGUUUCAGUGAUUUUCAAGCAAUGAGACUCUUCUAAAAUCAGCUGGAGUUUUUGGAAUCAAAAACCUAUCCAAUCAUGGUGGUAAAUUAAAAUCUACAUGAUAAAAUACUUUCUACAGAGAACACUGCCCCAGAAGAGUGUUUUCCUCUUGGCUUCUGAGAAUAUUGAGGGUGUUAGUGAAUCAAGAAUGGGCCAAGGAUGGCAAUUGGCCAAGAGAUUGGGAGGCUAAUGGACAAGGAGAAUAUAUAAUCUUUCUUCUUAGAUAACAUAUUUUUUAAAUGAGUUGAGAGAAAAUAGUACUAUGUGUAGUCAUAGAAUUGUAACAUGUGAAAGAUCACUUUUCAAUUCGUAUUUUAUUGGUGGAAAAACAAAUGCAUGGGAGCCAUCACACCAGUUUUCACUGUCCGGUUCCUUUGUAGUACUUUCAGAGUUGAGACAAUUCCUCUGCCUCUGGCCUUCCCCUGUGUAUUAGUAAGGAUGGGCUGAGCUGAUGCUGCAAUAACAAACAACUCCCUUGUCUCAGUGGCUUAACACAUAAGAACUUCUUUUGUGGUCCAGGUGACUCUGUAGGCUCGCCUUCCUCACAGUGCUGGCUGCUUCAAUCUUUUGGCCCCACUGACUGAAAACAAGGACUCCAUGUUCACUGUGAUGGGAAAGGAAGAGUCUGGAGCUCACACAAAGGCUUUCCACUGCCUCACUCCAGAAGUGGAUGCAUCUCUUCCACUACUCAUAUCUCAUUUAUCAGGGAUUUGGCAAAGAAGCUGGGAAGUACAGUCACCUGUAUUUAGGGCUGGUUUCAUGGAUGUAUGACCUGUGCAGUCACCUAGGGCCCCAUGCUUAGAAGGGGCACACCCUUAUUUUAAUGCUUUGCUGUUGCCAUCUUGAAAUUCUAAAUUUUGAAAUUCCCACAUUUUCAUUUUGGAUUCAGCCCCACAAAUUAUGUAGUUGGUCCAGCUUGUGUUCCCGGGAAAGAAAGGAAAGUAGCACAUAUCAAAGAGCCCAGGCACUGUCCUCUAAGAUCUGCAGCCCCUUCCCCUGUGAACAUUUCCUAUAUUUUAGGAACUCCACAUCUCACAUAUCCAACUUCAACUAUUUCCACUCCUCUUCUCUACUAUUUUUGAGAAAAGUUAGUCAUGUGCUACAACAUUAUAUGUUAUCAUUGACGUAAGUCCUUACACAGUCUACACAUUUCUUAAGUCCGAGGCUUCAAUUUUCUGAAAAUAAAAAUAGCCCUUAUUUUUAUCACUAUUACAAUUUUGUUAUAUUGGAUUCAUUUAGCAUAGAAAACACCCAGGUUUCUGUUAGCUCAGCAGACAACUCUCAGUUCUAGGACAAUAUCCACAAAUAGUAUUUUAAAGCAAAAGCAAAAUUUUCAUUACAAACAUCAAAUGCUAAGUGAAUGUUCUGGGUAGGGGGUGGGUCCUAGGCUGGGUUUGUUACUUUUUUUUUAAUUUAAUUUUAUUAUGUUAUGUUAAUCACCGUACAAUACAUCAUUAGUUUUUGAAGUAGUGGCUUUGUUACUUGUUGAUAGCAUAUGCAAGCAUUGCCUUCCCUGGCUGAAUUCCUGAGGAUGGUUGGAGGCUCUGUGACUAUAGAUAAUACUGGGAACAUGGUUUUUCUCGGCCAUGAAAGUACCUUGUUGCUUCUGGUUUUAAAAUAGGGUGUGAAGAAUCAUUUAAAUAGGGUGCAGAAUCAUUGUCUUCCUUGAUACAGGAAGAAAUGCUUUCACAAAGUUAGUCUCAGCAGUGAUAUGGUAGUUCUGAAUGUCUUUUUCUAAGACUCAUAGUUUACCCACUUUUUAAGAGUGGAGGGUUGUGGACAGGGCAAGCCGGAGAUGGUCUACAACCUGGUGACAGGCAAGAGCAGCAUGUGCAUUCACACCUAGAAAGGCCCCUUACCAGGUGCUGUCACCUCCAUUAGCUCAUUUGAAUUGCAUGAUUCCCUCCGGACUCAGGCAAGGAAGGACUUAAGAUCUACUUUUACAGGUGAGAAAACUGAGAUUCAGGGUAAGGCAAGCAGACCCUGGCCUCAGACACAGAUCUUCUGAGCAAACUUUCUGUUGUGUCCAAAUACCUCCUAAUUACAAAGCUCCAGCAGGGCAGGGUGUUUGGGGUGAUCUCACAGUCAAACAAAGAAUGAGUUUCUUAUUUGCCAGGUGGAAGGAGGCAACCCUUUGCUAAUACCAGGGCCUAAUGUUCAAAUGAAUGCUAGGCAUCCUGCCAGGCUUGGGCUAGAAGUAUGUUCAAAACAAAACAAAACUAAAACCCAUGAGUGUCUGUCUGAGACUCUGAAUUGCUCUUGCCAUGGUCCUAAGUGAUUCAAUCACUGAGGAUUGAAUCUAAAAUCUUUGUCAAAAGGGACUUAUUCUGAAGACUGUACUUGAAAUUAACUAUAUCUUAGAGGUAGUGAGAAAAUGCUUAACUUGGAAAAGCAGGACUGGUGGGGUAUUGUCAAAGGAUGUAAGAAUUGUUUUUCAAAUACUUGAAGGGUUUCCGUGGGAGAGAAGGCUCCCACCUGUGCCAGGUGGCAUGAUCAGUGGGUAAAGGGCAUGGUGGGAAAGACCACUAUCCCAAUGGCACAAACAGAAGUGGAAUCUGGUGACCUCAUGAAGUGUGUGCUCUGUGACAUUGGAGGUGCAAGUGGAUAUUCAAAGACUAAUUAGAGAUGGAAGUCAAAUAUCAGAUGGAAUUCAAUUACUUGCAAGAUCCCUUUCAGGCUUGAUAUGCACAUGUCUCAGUUUUAUGCUAUGAUGUGAACCAUUACUUGUCACUGCCCACAUAGAAUAUCAGACUGCAUAUUGUGGGGAGAGGAGCUGGGGGGGACAGGCUCCCAGCCAUGUGGGGCCCGCAGUGUGGACAAAUGGGCUUGACUGCUCUGUGCUUUGGAAGGUGGCUUUUGUUAGAGAUAAGAUUCUAGAAAAUAGGUGUCCACUGAUGGGUCCUGACUGCCAAACUGACAGCUGGGGAAUACUUCUGAUGUAUGUAUUUUUCAUAGGAAGAGAAGUUUGAAAAUUUCAGUAAAAGAACAUAGGAGAGUGCCCCAAACUCGAGGACAGAGCUACCUGCACCCAAUACGCUUAUCUGACCAGGACUUGGAGCAGAAAAGGACAUUCAUCUGAUCCAAAUCAUUUAAGAGGUUCACCAUAUGUUCACUCCAAGGUACACAGCUCUGACCCACAGAAAGGAACUCUGGCUCUGGGCUCUUCUCACUAAACAAGCGAUGAUCUGAGAAUGGAAAUAUGUCUGUGCCAUCUGUGUCCUUAUGAGCUCAUAGGAGUGUGCAUGUACACACUUGCAGAUGUGGUGACUGGGGAAGUGAUUAUUUAUUCAGAGCCUUGUAUUUAGUUUAUGCUGUAAUAAAUUAUUCUUUACAAAAGAGGAAAGUAUAAUCUAUAACUCUGGUGUUCUAAAAUCAAUCUUGCUCCUUUAUUGCAGUGGAGUCUUUCACUCUGGCUAAUAAAAUGGUGUGGUCUACUCUAGUAGUGUUGGAGCAAAGAAACAUCUUUAAAAAGUUCCAGGAAUUUCCUAACAGUAUAGACACUGUUAUUCCCUGCUUCCCUCCCUAACAGGGCACUACAGUCUACAAAAUACUUUCAUACUCAUUCUCUUGUUUAAGCCUCAUAACAAUCAUAGGAGGAAGGCAGGGCAAGGAUUACUAUCCUCCUUCUUUUGAUGAGGUACCAGACCCUCCAAAAGUCUCAUUAAUUUGUCCAAGAGCAUACUGGAGCAUUUCAGAACUCAUUCUACCAAUGAGUUCCCUGCUCGGUCACUCUCCCAUGUUGUUUCUCCUAGAUGAAAUGUUUGUAGCCCUGAAAAACAAGAAGGCAAGCAAGGCAAGGCAACUAUCCAAUGGAUUGCCAUCACAAUGUAAUCGCUUCCAGAAAGAGUUUUUAGUUCUCAUAGAAGUUCUCUUGAAUUUGAUCAUUGAUCACAGAAAAGGUCAACUCCCAUAGCUAAGGAGUAGAAUCAUAUGACCAGAGCCCUUUGAGUCUAUUUCAUGUGAGCAGAUAUAGCCCUGGUUUCUGACUUCAGUCUCCGGA